GCUCUGUUUCCGAAUCAGAUCCCUGUUAUAUCUGAUAGUGGGCCCAGCUUUCGAGCAUCCAUCAUUGAGCGGUUGACAUGUCUUGGGCUUCAUCAGAAGGCGUUGUUACACACCAAGUAGAAUCCUUCCAGGCUGUGAACCUGUGGAGAAGGUCUCUUUGAAAAGCUCAGCACCCUGCAACUCCAGUAACAAAAUUCGACUGACAAGAUAUCAUAAGCGCGCGGGCAUUUUGUCAUCGUGAGCUAUAUCAGCUUCCGUAUGCACUGAACCAAACAUUAGCUGCUAUUAGAGAUCUAAGAUUCUGUUCCUGGAUCUUCAAGCCUUUGUGCGUACAAAAGUUUCAGGAAAGCAGGCUUUUACUGAAGAAGCUGAUCGCUCUACAGGCGGGUCAGAACUUCAGAUGAGUUCUCUGAGAUCGACGGAAGACAUCCAUCUCCGAAACUGCUGAAGUAAUGCUUCGGAGCCGAUAGCUUUCGAGAAUCUCUACCGAGCUCGGGAUUGAAAGUUGCACGGUUCGAUCUACUAAUUUGGCAAACGUCAGAAAUUUAGCUUACUUCGAAAGGGAGUUCCUUUCGAGUUCUGCAGCAGCCAUUGAGUUCCAACAUGGGGAAUUUGUACAGUCGCAGUCCAGAUCCGGUAAUGUAUAUAAGCUCCCCUCGUAUGAUGGACGGGGCUCCUUUGAAGCAGGGCUGCCUUUCCAUGACCCGGUGGCAAAGCAUUAACCUCAGAGGUUUGGAGGAAGCCCGCACUCACAAAGACGAGAAAAUCACGUAUGACUUGUCCAUCCGAAAUCUUCAAUACAAGGUCCAGGUGAAGGAAAAAGGCGGAGCCACGAAAGAUAAGGUCCUGCUCAACAACAUCAGCGCCAAGGCGAACCAUGGAGAGGUUCUGGCUAUAGCAGGCCCUUCAGGGUCAUCUAAGUCCACUCUGUUAGAUGCCCUUGCUGGGCGGAUCGACAGGAGGAGCCUCAGAGGUUCAAUUCUUGUGAAUGGAAUGCCAAUUGAUCAAACCUUCAGGCGUGUAUCCGGUUAUGUAAUGCAAGAUGAUGCUUUGUACCCUGUGUUGACUGUCCGAGAAACAUUAAUGUUCAGUGCCAGGCUGCGCUUGCCAUCCACCUGGACGGAUGACCAAAGGAUGGCGCGUGUAGAAAUCAUUCUGGCAGAGCUCGGCCUCCAACCUUGCGCCGACCUGGUGAUUGGCGAUGAUUUGGUUCGAGGUGUUUCUCGUGGGGAGAAGAGGCGCGUUUCCAUAGCUGUGGAUCUUAUGCAUGAUCCUGCUGUGCUGUUCCUGGAUAAACCCACGACAGGGCUGGAUAGUUUUUCGGCAUUUCAAGUGAUGCAGAAGCUGCAUACAUUAGCUGAAGUUCACAACCGAACGGUGAUCAUCACCAUCCAUCAGCCCAAUCAUUCGAUUCUUGAACUAAUCCACAACACGCUUCUUCUGAUCCAAGGAAACGUCAUCUUCAGUGGGCAUCACUCGGGCUUGGUCAAUUACUUCAGCGACAUUGGCUACAAUAUGCCUGAAUAUGUCAAUCCGCUGGAAUACGCCUUGGACACGAUGCAGAAAGUGAAGACCUCUUCUGUCGGUGUAACACAGCUUCUGGAGCUCAAGGUGGUGAAGGAGAAGGAGAAGAUCAUGGACGGACAAGCAGCUAGGGAACUAGAUGCAGAAGCCACAGCUUCGUCACGUGAUCUCGACGAUGAUAUAAAUAUGACUUUCGCCACAUCCUUCCGCUCCGAACUCUAUGUGCUUGGCGAGCGUAAUGUCAAGCUCAUUCUGCGAACGAGGCCCCUAUUUUUUGCAAGAAUGGCAGUCUUGGUUGUGGGAGGACUCGUGACUUCGACAUUCUUUCGCACGUUGUCGUACGACAUGGAAGGCGUGACGAAGCGAUUGUCGAUGACGGCCUUCCUGCUGGCUUACUGCUCGUUCACCUCGACGCAAGUGCUGCCGAUCUUCCUGCAGGAGCGCAGCAUAUUCAUCCGGGAAGCGUCGAGGGGGGCUUACCGUCCAGUAUCCUUCGUCUUGUGCCAGAUUCUGGCCCACCUGCCGUUCCUCUUCGUGCAAGCGCUGGCCUUCUCGAUCCUCACCUACUUCAUCGCCGGGUGGGCCAACAACGUCGGAGCCGUGGGCUACUACGUGUGGAUGUGGUUCCUGGUGCUCAUCCUGGCGCAGUCGAUGGCGGCUUGCUGCGCAGGAUGGAUUCCUAACAUCAUCAUUUGCCAAGCCGUUCUCUCGGCCACCUUGUCCUUCUUCAUGCUCUUCUCGGGCUUCUUCCUCCGCAAAGAUGCGAUUCCCAAGGGAUGGCUAUGGUUGCACUACCUUUCGGGUUUCAAGUAUCCUUAUGAAGGUUUGUUGGUGAAUGAGUUUACCUCGUUGUGGAACACAAAUUGGGGCGACGACCAGACGAACGUUAACUUCUAUCAAGUUCUUGAGAAAUACGAUCUCGAACAUGUGAGUCUAGUGAAUAGCGUAUUUGUGAUGACUUUCUUCAUAAUUUUUUAUAGAGGUUUGUAUUAUUUAGCCUUCGUGAAGAGUGCAAGGGAUGUCCGAAAGUGAGUGUAAAUGAACCCCGAACAUCUUUCCCCACCCUUGACAACAAGGACGGUUCGAGGCCCACAUGAGGUUGAGCCCUUUGUGUUUGAAGGUACGCCAACACAUUUGUUAUUCAUUGAAAUGUCCCGUGGACUCAUUCAUGUACCAUCGUCGCUUGACUUCAACAUGC